AUGGAUCUUAACGACUCUUAUUGUAAUAAUUCACCAGAAUCCCAAGAUCUUUUACAAGAUAUGUCUGAUAACAAUAUAGCUAGUUCAAGCACAGGCAUUACUUCCUUUUCUUUAGUUGCUAGAAAUAGAAAACCAUCCAUAGUCACACCAUAUUUUACAAAAAAAACAAAGAAUGAUGUUAAUUCUCCAGUUAUUUGGUGGAGCACGAUUGAACUUUUUGCGCUUACGCAAAAUAAUGCAGUUUUAGUACAAACUUUAACCAUUGAUCAAAAAGCACAAUCUAAUAUUUUAUUGGCUGAGUAG